CAUUGAAUGAAACCUGAUCGCGGAUUCUUCUGAUCAUCUCCCUCGCGUUCCAUACGUUUGGCGAAAUUCAAAGACGCCUAUUGCCUUUUCAGAGAGAGGAUCCUUCCGGAAACAAAGGAAAGUCGAAACAUUUGCAGAGAGAAGAAGAUGUUGAGAGUUGCAGCUAGGAGGCUUUGUUCUCUCAGUUCCACGCAGCCGUCGUGGAGGCCCAACCAGGCUGCUUCGGCAAUCGUGUCGCGGAAUCCAAUCACCGGCGGUGAUUCUUCCUCCGUGUACGACUUUAAAUCCAAAGCCUUGAAUGAUUACUUUGCUUUCCGGCCUCAUUUUCAUCUUCCUCACAGAGGUUUCUCUUCUGAAUCACUCACCCCAAGAAAUGAAGAUGGCAUAGUUUCAGAUAUUCCAGCAACAGUGGCAGCUGUUAAGAACCCCACUUCAAAGAUAGUUUAUGAUGAGUACAACCAUGAGCGUUUCCCUCCAGGUGAUCCCAGCAAGCGGGCAUUUGCCUAUUUUGUCCUUACUGGUGGCCGUUUUGUCUAUGCUUCAGUGGUCCGUCUCCUUAUUCUCAAGUUUGUGCUGAGCAUGUCUGCUAGCAAGGACGUUCUUGCACUUGCUUCGAUUGAGGUUGAUCUCUCAAGCAUUGAGCCUGGCACCACUGUGACUGUUAAGUGGCGUGGAAAGCCAGUUUUCAUCAGGCGCCGAUCAGAAGAAGAUGUGAAGCUGGCAAAUAGUGUUGAGUUAGCAUCUCUUCGCGACCCACAGCCUGAUGCUGAGAGGGUCAAGAACCCAGAAUGGCUAGUUGUUAUAGGGGUCUGCACGCAUUUGGGUUGCAUUCCCUUGCCAAAUGCUGGUGAUUUUGGCGGCUGGUUUUGCCCAUGCCACGGUUCACAUUAUGAUAUCUCUGGCAGGAUCCGCAAGGGACCAGCACCAUACAAUCUGGAGGUGCCUACUUACACCUUUUUAGAUGAGAACAAGUUACUGAUUGGCUGAGGUUUAUACUUUACUAAACAGUGGUUAAUUGGGAUACUUCUUUUUUUUUUUUUUUAAUUUUGGAAUUCAAUGAGAUAAUGCCGAAGAGUUGUUGCAUAUCAUGCUUUGUGCUCCCAGGUUAUUUGGGAAGCGUUAAUUGUUUAUGGAUGUUAUGCAACUUGGUUAUUGUAACUUUUAGUGGUUGGAGUUGCUCUUCAUUCUGAAUAAGUUGCUUUUGUUAAAGCAUGAAUGCUCUACGAAACCUGUUGGUUUCUGGAUAAUGCUGUUAAAUUAUUUUUAAUCAGGUUCUUUGAGAUGUGCGCA